CCUCCACAGGACAGGAGUCAGCCCUGAGUCAGAGCUUUGGCUGAGAGCAGGUCAGCUAUGGAUGAUCUGAACAAGGCAGCGGUCACACAGACUGAGGGGGUAAAGGUUGACCUGAAAGCAGCUAAAGCAGACACAUCUGAAGGCUUGGGCUCCUGUCCCAGGACAACAAGGUGCUCCCUACCGCAAAAGUACCGAGAUGAGUUGGUACAGCUGUUUAAACUGGCGGGACCAGUGGUUAUUUCCCAGCUGAUGAUCUUUAUGAUCAGUUUUGUCAGCAUGGUAUUCUGUGGCCACCUGGGAAAAACUGAACUAGCCGGGGUUUCAUUGUCCAUUGCGGUGGUUAACGUCACUGGUAUUUCCAUUGGCACCGGUUUGUCAUUAACCUGCGAUACGCUCAUAUCCCAGACCUAUGGGAGCGGUAACCUGAAGCGUGUCGGUGUGAUUCUUCAAAGGGGGGUUCUGAUUCUUCUGCUGGCCUGUUUUCCCUGCUGGGCUGUCCUCAUCAACACUGAGCCCCUCCUGCUGGCCGUCAAACAGAGUCCAGAGGUUGCCAGACUCUCCCAGCUGUAUGUGAACGUUUUCAUGCCUGCUUUACCAGCUGCCUUUAUGUACCAGCUGCAGGGGAGGUAUCUCCAAAACCAGGGCAUUAUAUGGCCUCAGGUUGUAACUGGAGCAAUCGGAAAUGUCCUGAACGCUAUAAUCAACUAUGUGUUCCUGUUCCCUCUGGAUCUGGGUGUUGCUGGGUCUGCAGCUGCCAAUGCUAUCUCCCAAUAUGUGCUGGCUGUGGUCUUAUACACCUACAUCUGCCUGAAGGGUCUACAUAAGGCUACAUGGGGAGGUUGGUCUCUGGACUGCCUCCAGGAGUGGGGAUCUUUCAUCCAACUUGCAAUCCCCAGCAUGCUCAUGCUCUGUCUAGAGUGGUGGUUGUUCGAAGUUGGAGCAUUCCUGGCUGGAGUGAUCAGUGAAGUGGAGCUAGGAGCAAAUUCCAUCAUCUACGAACUAGCUGUUGUUGCUUACAUGUUUCCUUUAGGAUUUUCUGCUGCUGCCAGUGUUCGAGUUGGGAACGCUCUGGGUGCAGGGGACAUCCAGCAGGCCAAACUGUCCUGCAAAGUCCCCAUUGUCUGUGCAAGUAUAAUCGCAUGCAUCGUUUCUGCAGUGCUUGCAACCUGCAAAGAUGUCAUUGGUUAUAUUUUCACCUCAGAUGAAGACAUUUUACGGAGGGUUGCCGAAAUCAUGGUCGUUUUCUGUUUUACACAUCUGUGUGAUGCUGUUGCAGGUGUUACUGGGGGUGUUGUCAGAGGAGCAGGUAAACAGUUGGUUGGUGCUCUGUGUAACCUGGUGGGCUACUACUUUAUGGGCUUUCCCAUUGGUGUUUCCUUGAUGUUUGCAGCCAAGAUGGGGAUUUUAGGGUUUUGGACAGGACUUACAGUUUGUGUGUUGAUGCAGUCAACUUUCUUCCUCAUAUUUCUAUCCAAACUUGAUUGGGAGAAGGCUGCACAAGAGGCUCUUGUGAGGGCAGGAGUACAGAUUAAAGAAGAAAGAGAAAUGACUAAGGUGGAUAAUUCAGCCUGUAACCAGAGCCAGGUUGGUGUAUCAUUAUCUCAUCGGGAUGAGGAGGAAAAUGCCUACCAGGAGGUCCAUCCUCCUGAGCAGAGUAAAGCCACCACCACCACAGUGGGGGACCUCCUGUCUGUCAAGCAGCUGGUUUUACGGAGAGGCCUGGCGGUGCUGAUCAUGUUCAUUGUCCUCGCUGUAGGAAUUUUGGUGUCACGCUUCUUCACCAACAUGUUUAAGUGAACUCUCUGCCAUCUGAGCCUGAUGGCAUCAAGUUUGGUUGAUUGUUACUGUUGUUAGAAUGGGCUUACAUUCUCUUGUGAAAAAGUGACCAGCGCCACUCUCAAACACCAGGUGGCAGCUUUAUGCAAUGUUUGAACAGUAUGCAUAACAUUUGCUGAACAAAUAUCAAAUGUGUGGCCAAACUAACAAAAUUUAUAAGGAUGGGCAUUCUUAAAAACAUCAGGUGACUGGGGUUUUGUUAUAAUUGCCUUAAAAUACUUAAAUGAAAGCUGGUCUUUAUUUGUAUUGAUUGAUAUGUUUUCUGUGCUGAUGUGGAUUAGAUUUUUUUUUUUGUAUUUUUCUUUUCCAUUUGCUCUAAAAUUGUAUUCCAAAUCAAUCUGUAUGAAAUAUGUGAAAGGUUAAUGCUGCUGAAGUUCAUGAAAUGGAAGGCCUUCACUGUAGUUAACUUAGUCUGAAACAUGCCAAAAAUCCUGGUGAAUAUUAGUGUUGUUGUAAUAUGAAAAUCAAAAAUGCAAAAGAUUUAUGAUGCUUUGGAUGCUGUACAAGUAGCAAGGGAACUGCGCAUUCAAAGUAUGUGAAUAACUUGGCACACUUACAUAUUAAAUGGGUGAUGCAUUCCAUGACAUUGUGCAAAGAGUUAAAAUGUCUACAAGGAUCUUCAUCCCUGUUGGCCUCAUGUUUUACUCAGACCACAUUGUACAACUUAAAAAUCAAAAACUCAAAAUUAGGAAUCAUUUUAGGAUUUAAAAUGCCGACGUAUAUUUGAACUGAGGAAUAAAAUUGAUUUAAAUGCUGGAACCUCCUUGUUUAGGUUUUAAACAUGCUCAAUUAAGGUCAAAUUUAAUAUUUUAAUUUUACAUCAACCCUGUUCAGCAAUACUGAAAAUGAAUAGAACAUAUAAAAGCAGGUGUAAACUAUUUGCAUAAGGUUGCACAACUUAUAAAUUAUACUUUUUUGAAGUAGCUUUUGACUUAAGUAGUCUUCUGCAGUAGGAAUCUAGUGUCCAAUAUUCUAAACUGCCAAUAUUUGCCCACUCUGUCUCGAACAUUUCCAUGUUGUUCAAAGCUCUCUUUAAAAAGAUUUCUUUCAUAUUUCAUCCAUGGCGCUGGCUAGGUCACACAUAAGCUGACAUUUUCCUUUGGUAAAGCCAGUUAGUUGUUGGUUUUAUGCAAAUAAAAUUUUAAUAUUGCUUAAAUGUCAGUCUUCUUGCCAACUUGAACCCUUUUGAGCAAAACAAUCUGGAACUUGGUUCUUAAUUUUAUCUGCUUUUUGACAAUUUUCCAUCAAUCUAAGGGAAAAUAAUCCCUAAAUUCACUCUGGCUCCUGUUAUGCAAAUAAGGUUUUUGUCAUGAUAGCUUUUGGAUUUAUGGCUCACAAAUUCAGCUUUAUUGUAUCAGAUCAUAAUGAAGUCUUCCACAAAAUUCUGGAACACAUUAGUCAGGCCUGAGUUUUGUCUUUGGAAAAAAAGGCUUCAAUCUAUCAACUCUAUUGUUUAGUCCAGACAUCCUGUAUGAAGAAUGCAUACUUUCCUCACAUGGAGAACACAGCUGGUAUUUACCAGAGUUAUCUAUAGCUCUUUUUCAUUCCUGUUAGCUG